UUGUUGUACAGUUCGAGUGCUAUAGUCGGGAAGACGAUUACAGUCAUCGACAGUCUCGCAGUGAAGUUCGAUCUAGCAACACAUUCCUGGAAGAUCAUGGGUUCGCAGGUUCAAUCGGAAUGCGAGCCGGCCAAAAGGUCUCCAUUGUUGAAUGUGAUCGCGGAAGUGCUUUGUAUGGUGUUUGAUCUGGUGAAAGUGCUUUCAAUUUCAAUACCUCUUCUGAUAUUGAGUGUAGUUAAGAUUUUAGUGCCAUCUAAGCUUAAGAACGUUCGUGGGCAAACUGUUUUGAUCACCGGCGCCGGCAAUGGACUGGGGAAAGCGAUGGCACUCGAAUUUGCCAACCGGGGAAGCAACGUGGUGAUCGUAGAUGUUGAUCUAGAGGCGGCAGAGCGCACAUGUGCGGAGCUUAGGCGCGAACGGUCGGUCGCUGCUUACGCUUUUCGAGUGGACGUGUCGUCAUACGAACAAGUGGAAGCGUUGGUUGACAAUGUGUAUAAAAACGUUGGGCCGGUGGAUGUACUCAUCAACAAUGCAGGGGUGGUUGGUUUCAACUUUUUACAAGAUGCAGACGAAGCCAACAUCAACCGGAUGAUCGAUGUGAACGUUAAAAGCGUCAUAUGGAUGACGAAACACUUCCUGAAGCGAAUGAUCGAACGGAAACGCGGACACAUCGUUUCCAUUUCCUCCUUGGCUGGUAUCCAUCCGCUUCCGUGGGCAACCGUCUACUCCACAUCGAAACACGCCGUCAAUGGGUUCAUGGGUGCCCUGACGGAGCAGUUGCGCUUGCAGGGUCAUGCAGGCGAAAUUCGGACGUCCUGUGUUAAUCCGUACUACAUUUCCACGCGGAAGGAUAUAACGGAUUUUCUGAAGAAACCAAGGUUUGGAAUCCUAACAACCGAGUACACGGCAAAGUGCAUUGUCGAAGGUGUACUACGAAACGAGGCAACCAUCACAGUUCCUAGGUUCUUCGGGCUAGGUGUAAAAUUUAUGCAGUUGUUCCCUACGAGAGUUCAGCAGGUAAUUAGAGAUUAUAUAUUACGAGAGUAUGAACUGAACUCCGCUUGAAUAUCUUCGAAGAAGAUAAAUAGAAAGGUAUACAAAAAUGUGAUAAAUUGAUAGUAAUAAAGGAUCAAACUAAAUAAAAAGCA